AUGGCCUCUAUUCGCCCAAACACACAAGAACAGACCCGCGUCAAACGCUCUCGUCAACAUAUUUCGUUAAAGCAGAGGAGGUACAUUGUCCACGCCAUAGCAGACGAGGGUCACAUCUUCAAGUCAGCAUCCAUCCGCUUCAAUCUCCCUUAUUCCACGGUGCGCUCCAUUCACCUCGACUGGGAACGAACGGGAAGAUACGACACGUUACGAAGAGGUGGAGACAAACGUACCCGUCACGCCGACGAACAUAUAGAGUGGAUUAAGGCGCGGUUCCUCGACGACCCUGACCUCUCCAUCCCUGAUCUCCGGGACGAGCUCAACAAUCGCUUUCGGUCGAACCACCCUCGGCUCAAUCUCCGUUGGCCUGCAGACUGUCUUAAGGGCCGUCAAGAGCAGCAUUGUGUCCGUCCCAUGAAGGCUGUCGAGCCCAACAAGGGUCCCAACAUGUCACUGGUUGUUGCCGUCGACAGAACCGGUCUGGUCGCCUUCAAGAAGACAAAGGUCGACAAGCACAUGCUUACAGAACAUAUCCGCCGAUCUCUUCACCGUACUGUCACGGCUGCCAAGGUCACGGGUUGGAUGAAAGAAGUCAAGAGACACUUUUUGAUGGCGCUCAAAGGACAUCCCCUUGGCCGUCUCAUGAAUACCAAGCAUGCAGUGACGCGCCUGGGCUACAGCCAAGACCACGGCCAAGAUCCGUAUCCAGAGACAGACAACGAAGACGGUGGGGAAGAAGAGGAGGAAGAUGACUUGCUGCAGACGAGCCCAGAUGUGUUUGAGUCGAAUAGUAUCUCUGGAGAUGACGAUGACUCGUCAGAUACGUCUGAAAGCGACACCUACGAGGUGGAUGGCUACGACAAUGACCUGCUGAGAGCGCUGGUCGAAGAGGAGAAGGAGGACAAUCAGAUAUAG